UUUUUUAAUCCGCUAAUCAAGAAAUUUUUUUUUGACAAAACUUUUAUAUAUUAAAUAAUUUCGGAUAAACGGUGGAGUAUAUCACUUUUCAUAUUAGUAUUAAAAAAAAAGAAUGAGUUGGAGUUAGUAGUGCUAAACGGUAGAUUCAAGUGAAAAUGUUGAAACUUUGUGUUGCAUGAAAACAGAUUCGAGCAAAGUUAAUCUUAACAUCCCAAAAUGGUGCAACUAAAAUAUAACAAAGUAUCUAAAACUAUCACUAGAACUAUAUUGAAUAGAGAGAACAAACGUGCUUGAAUAUCAAUAUUUUAAUAUGAACAACAAAAUGCACAUUGAGACAUUGAGUCAAAGUUUAUCUUCCUUUAAAAAAAAAGGUCUUUGUUUCCGUGUGGAACUGUGGAUCCCCCGCCUAGGUUGCUAUAUAAUAUAGUCUUAUGUCAUUAUUAUUUCUUUGUCGUUUUACUUUCUGGUAUCCAAAUCCAACAACUAUUUGGUGUUCAUAUUGCAGAGCUAGCUGUGCAGCAGUAAAACUAUGAUCAUAUAUAAAUUGUUAACAUAACCAAUAUUAAAAAAUGUUCAUGUGUGUUUUAGUUUAGAGUAGAAAUGAUGUACUUAAGAUUAGUUAAUUGGAUUGCAUUGCAUCUUAGUUGGCUAUAAAUCCUCGUUAGUUGCUUAUUAUUUACCAUUAUAUCAUUCAUGCCUCUUUUCUUCAGUCCCCAGUAAACCAGUUUCUGUUGAACCAAAUCAAUAUCAGGCCAUGGGGUCUCUUUUGUUGCUGCAAUUUCAAAUCAUUUUGUGUCUACAUCUGUUCUUCACUUCUUUCUCUUCGUCUUCGUCUUUGUCUCCGCCUUUAUGCCAUCCUGACCAAAACUCUGCCUUGCUUCAACUCAAGAACUCGCUAAAAGUUGAUGGAUGGGAAAAUGGAACAGAUUGCUGUUCGUGGCCUGCUGUCACGUGUGAAUCCACGUCUGGUCACGUGAUUGGUCUCGACCUCAGCUGGCAUGGGCUUGAAGGUAAAAACAAUUCUACAAGUAGUCUUUUCCAUCUUACUCAUCUCCAAAAGAUCAACCUUGCUCACAAUAGUUUCUAUGGUCCUCUAUUACCAUCUCAGUUUGGCGGGUUUGUGAAUCUUACACACUUGAACUUGUCUUGGUGUUCUUUUGAAGGUGAUAUUCCUUCUGAAAUCUCAUAUCUUUCCAAAUUAGUCUCAUUAGAUCUCUCAGGUAACUUAAAUCUAAAGUGGACAGAAAUCACUUGGAAGAGGCUGCUGCAAAAUGCAACAGCUUUAAGAGAGAUCUUUCUAGAUUAUACAGAUAUGUCAUCAAUUAGUCUAAGUUCUUUGUCUUUAAUCACCAAUUGGUCUUUCUCUUCGGUUACUCUUGGUCUUAGUAACACAAAUAUAACGGGGUAUUUGACAAGUGAUAUUCUUUGUUUGCCCAAUCUUAAAGAGCUGCAUCUAUAUGGAAACACAUACCUUCAAGUCCAUGUUUCUAGAUUGAAUUGCAAUGCUUCUGUUAGUAUUUUGGAUCUUUCAUUUUGUGAGUUCCAAGGAUCAUUGAUCCCUUCAUCUUUCUCUAAUCUCACAUAUCUCACUUCUUUGACUUUGUUUGAUUGUGGCCUUAAUGGUUCAAUUCCCUCUUCACUUUCAAACCUUCAACAUCUCACUCACUUGGACCUUUCAUCUAAUAGUAUCGUCGGCUCGAUCCCAUCCUCAUUUUCAAACCUUCAACAUCUCACUUACUUGGAUCUUUCAAACAAUAAUCUAACUGGUGCAGUCCCAGCAUCUUUUUCAAAGCUAGAGCUUCUCACUCAUUUAGACCUUUCAUCCAAUGAACUCAAUGGUUCAAUCCCUUCAUCUCUUUGGAAGCUUCAAGAUCUUGUUGUCUUGGAUCUUUCUUACAAUGAACUAAGUGGUCAACUUCCAGAUAUAUUUGGUGGGCUAAACAAACUGCAAACUCUUAAUCUUGGGAAAAACAAAAUACAGGGAAAGUUGCCAUUCUCAUUGUUUACAUUGACUCAACUUUCCAUCUUGUAUUUUUCUUCUAAUAAAUUUGAAGGGCCCUUACCUAAUCAAAUAGCAGGUUUUUCAAAUCUGACUGAAUUAUAUCUGGAUGACAACUUGUUAAAUGGGACAAUUCCUUCUUGGUGUUUAUCUUUGCCGCUUUUGAAACAUUUAAACCUUUCAAGUAACCAAUUCACAGGAAAUCUAAGUGAAAUCUCAUCUUAUUCCUUGCUGUACUUAAAUUUAUGCGGCAACAAAAUUCAUGGAGAUAUUCCACAGUCGAUUUUCGACCUUGUGAACCUCACUGAAUUGUGUUUGUCAUCAGAUAACCAUGGUGGUUUUGUCAAUUUUCCACUCUUCUCCAAACUUCAGAACUUGAGGUCUCUUACUCUUUCAGGCUAUGAAUCAAUAUCACUAAAAUCUGAUGUCAAUGCCAAUUACACUUUCUCCAAUUUGAAAAUGUUGCACUUAUUUUCCAACACCAUACUUGACUUUCCAAAGUUCUCAGGAAAAUUUCCGAGGUUGCUCAUACUUGAUUUAUCCAAUAACAAUCUCCAAGGUGAAAUGCCCAAAUGGAUACAUGAUUUGGAUUCUUUAUAUCAUUUGAACCUCUCAACAAACCAAUUGACAUCAAUAGAAAAUUUCUCAUGGCAUGGCCUGCAAUACCUUGAUCUUAGUUCUAACUUGAUGACCAAUGAAAUUUCAUCCAUCUUAUGCAAUAUAAGUUCUCUUGAGGUUGUGGACUUGUCCAACAACUAUUUCACAGGAACAAUUCCACAAUGCCUUUCCAAUUUAUCAUAUCUUGAAGUUUUGGAUCUACGGAUGAACAAACUCUAUGGCACUUUGCCAGAUACGUUUUCCAUGAACAGCAACCUCAAAACUUUGAAUCUGUAUUGAAAUCAAGUAGAAGGCCAAUUGCCUAAAUCUUUGUCCAACUGCACAGAGCUGGAGGUUUUAAUUCU